AUGGAUUUCAAACACUCCUCCGGAACGAACAGCGAGCACGAUACAGCGAUAAGUGCCGAUCACAAGAAUGCCAGCGACACCAUCACCAUAUCUACGCAAGAAGCGGCUGUUUCGCAAGACAAAGCAUCGACGCAGAAUGACAUUGAAGCUCAGAACUCAGAUGCUCUAGAAGAGUCCAGCAACCAUGGUCCGAGCCAGAGCCAGAGCCAGAAGGCUUAUACCGCCUUCUCCCCUCGGGCCAAGUGGUUUAUCGUGGUCAUGACUGCCAUGGCGUCGUUCUUCUCACCCCUCUCCGGCCAGAUAUACUUCCCUGUGCUGCCGAUCCUGACAGACGCGUAUCAUUUGUCUCCGAGUCUGAUCAAUGUCUCGAUCACAACGUAUAUGAUCUUCCAGGGCCUCGCGCCCAGCUUUAUGGGCACGUUCUCCGACGCCAGUGGUCGCCGAUUGGGAUAUAUCCUCACCUUCACCAUCUAUACGGCCGCAAACAUCGGUCUUGCCCUGCAGGACAGCUAUGCCGCUUUGCUAGUCUUGAGGUGUCUGCAGAGCGCGGGCUCCAGUGGCACCAUCUCCUUCGGAUACGCCGUCAUUGCAGACAUUGCUACCACGGGAGAGCGGGGCAAGUAUCUUGGGCCGAUGGCAGCGGGGGUGCUGACGGCGCCGGCUGUCGGACCAGUCAUCGGCGGCCUCUUGACGCAGUUCCUGGGAUGGAGAUCUGUUUUCUGGUUCCUGACCAUCAUCAGUGGCGGCUAUCUGGUCGUAUAUAUCAUCUUCAUGCCCGAAACGCAUCGGAAGAUCGUCGAUGACGGAAGUAUCGUCCCACAACAGUGGUGGAGGCAGUCCGUAGUGCAAUACUUGGACUCCCGGCGCCGGCUGAAGAUGAUGAGUCCGCAGCAAAGGAACGAUUAUGAGCGCACACGGCAAGACCUGCUGGCGAGGGAAAGGGGGACGAAGCUCCGUUUUCCGAAUCCGCUGGAGUCGUUCUUCAUUCUGAUGAACCCGGAUGCGCUUUGCCUCAUCUUAUACUCUGGCCUCAUGAUGUUCAGUAACUUGGUUUUGAUGACGAGCACGCCGGCCGUGUUUCCGAGGCUGUACGGACUGAACGAGUUGCAAGUGGGCCUGUGUUUCCUACCGCUGGGCGCAGCUGCCGCGGUUGGCGCCUUCUGCAACGGCCACCUUCUCGACCGCAACUACAGCCGCAUUGCUCGGAAACUGGGCCGUACGGUCGAUCGCAAACGCGGCGACGAUCUUCGCGACUUCCCCAUCGAGCGCGCUCGCCUCCAGGCCGUGUUCUUUGCCCAAGCACUGCAGGUAGCGGCUCUCCUGCCUUAUGGCUGGGCACUCGAGAGAAGGGCCUCGAUCGCGGUGCCGCUCGUGUUGCAAUUCAUUUUGGGUUUCUCUGUGGUAGUUGCCUCGAACUCGAUCAGCACGCUCCUUUCCGAUAUCUACCCAGGUAGUGUCGCUACGGCCUCGGCAGCAUCAAACCUUCUUCGCUGCCUUUUAGGGGCUGCGGGCGCGGCGACUGUUGAUAGCAUGCUGUCAAGCAUGGGGCUGGGUUGGUCUUUCAUCUUCGUGGGCCUGCUGAUGGCGAGCGGGACUGGCCUCUUAUGCGCCGAGAUGAGGUGGGGUAUGGGCUGGCGGCAGAAGCGGUGGCAGAAGGUGGAGAUGAAACGACAAGCCGAGGAAGAAAAGAAGGUCCAGGCAGAGCAAAUCAAGGAUUCUGCCACAUAG